AUGACUUAUUUUAUUAUUUUUUUCAUCGUCAAUUUCUUUCUUUUGUAUUUAUCUUUUUUUCUUUCUUUUUGCUUAUCAUUCUUCCUUCCUUCCCUCCUUUCUUUCUUUCUUUCUUUCUUUCUUUCUUUCUUUCUUUGUACUUACCAUUCUCCCAUUCUUUCUUUCUUUCUUUGUACUUACCAUUCUCCCAUUCUUUCUUUCUUUCUUUCUUUCUUUCUUUCUUUCUUUCUUUCUUUCUUUCUUUCUUUCUUUCUACUUACCAUUCUCCCAUUCUUUCUUUCUUUCUUUCUUUCUUUUCAUUCAUUUUCUUUCUUUCUUUCUUUCUUUCUUUCUUUGUAUUUAUCCCUUUUCCUUUCUUUUCAUUUAUCAUUCUUUCUAUGUAUUUAUCCUUUUUUAUUUAUCAUUCUUUCUUUCACUCAUUCAUUCUUUCUUUGUAUUUAUCAUUCAUUCAUUCAUUCUUUCUUUCUUUCUUUCUUUCUUUUUACCCAUUUUCUUUCUUUUUUAUUUAUCAUUCUCUCUUUCUCUCUUUGCAUUUAUGACUCUUUCUUUCUUCCUUUCUUUAUUCGUAUUUAUCGUUUUUUAUUUUAUUAUUUAUUUUUCUCUUUCUUUCUUUGCAUUCAUCAUUCUUUCCUUCUUUUUCUUUCUUUUAUGUAUCCUUUUUGGCAUCCUUUUAUUAUAUUUAUCAUAUAUUCUUUCUGUCUUUUCAUCAUUCUUCCUAUCUAUCUAACUAUCUAUCUAUCUAUCUAUCUAUCUAUCUAUCUAUCUAUCUAUCUAUCUAUCCCUGUCUGUGUUCAUUAUCUAUCUAUCUAUCUAUCUAUCUAUCUAUCUAUCUAUCUAUCUGGCAAAAUGAAAAAUCUAUCUAUCUAUCUAUCUAUCUAUCUUAAUCCUCUUUUUUAUAUCUCUUUCUCUCUCGCUCUCUCUCGCUCUCUCUCUCCCUUUCCCUCCCUCCCUCUCUCUCUUAUUUUCGCAUAUCUGAACCCAUCAUUGCAACUGCCUACCAAUGUAAGACUUCAUGUCGCUGACAAUCUAAUACUUUUUCUUUCUUUCUUUCUUUCUUUCUUUCUUUCUUUUUUUUCACAUGUCGUUAAAUCAACCAAACAUCUAUCUAUCUAUCUAUCUAUCUAUCUAUCUAUCUAUCUAUCUAUCCGUACAUAUUUCAAAGCAUUUCCGAAUGUUGUACCACACUUGAAAAAGAAAUCAAAGCUUUUGGGGCAUAGGUUACGGGCAAUUAAUUCAUCGACCUCAAAAAAUAUUUGCUCCUUAAUUAAUCUAUCUAUCUAUCUAUCUAUCUAUCUAUCUAUCUAUCUAUCUAUCUCAAGAUUAUCCUAUAAAUCAUUAUUCUUCUGUGUUGCAUCUCUUCAGGACGUAGAUGAACAAGGCUCUUCACAAAAUCCUUUUGAAUUCGCUUUCUUAUUUGUUUCUUAUUCUAUCAUUUCAAUUCUUUUGAAUAUUAUUCUAUCAUUACCAUUCUUAUCUGUCCAUUAUUCUAUCAUUCCCAUUCUUAUUUGCUCCUUAUUCACUCAUUCUCAUAGCCAUUUGUUCCUCGUUCUAUCAUUCCCAUUCUUAUUUGCUCCUUGUUCUAUAAUUCCCAUUCUUAUCUGUCCCUUAUUCUAUCAUUCCUAUUCUUAUCUUUUCUUUAUUAUAUCAUUCCUAUACUCAUUUGUUUCUUAUUCUAUCAUUACCAUUCUUAUUAUGCUCCUUAUUCUCUCAUUCUCAUACCCAUUUGUUCCUUCUUCUGUCACCCCCAUUCUUAUUUGCUCCUUAUUCUAUAAUUCCAAUUCUUAUUUGUUCCUUAUUCUAACAUUCCCUUUCUUAUCUGCCCCUUAUUAUAUUAUUCCAAUUCUUAUCUCACAGUCUCAAUGUUAUCUAUCUAUCUAUCUAUCUAUCUAUCUAUCUGUCCCAGUAUCUAUCUAUCUGUCCCAGUCUCGUCAUAUCUAUCUAUCUAUCUAUCUAUCUAUCUAUCUAUCUAUCUAUCUAUAUAUUUCAUUAUGUUUGAUCAUAUCAUAUCAUGUCAUUAUCUAUCUAUCUAUCUAUCUAUCUAUCUAUCUAUCUAUCUAUCUAUCUAUCUAUCUCAUUGUGUUUGAUCAUAUCUAUCUAUCUAUCUAUCUAUCUAUCUAUCUAUCUAUCUAUUUCAUUAUGUUUGAUCAUAUAUCAUGUCAUAUCUAUCUAUCUAUCUAUCUAUCUAUCUAUCUAUCUCAUUGUGUUUCAUCAUAUCUAUUUCAUUGUGUUUCAUCAUAUCAUAUCAUGUCAUUAUCUAUCUAUCUAUCUAUCCUAUUGUGUUUCAUAAUAUAUCAUAUCAUAUCAUAUCUAUCUAUCUAUCUAUCUAUCUAUCUAUCUAUCUAUCUAUCUAUCUAUCUAUCUAUCACACUCUGUUCUUAUCCAUAUUUCUAUCUAUCUAUCUAUCUAUCUAUCUAUCUAUCUAUCUAUCUAUCUAUCUAUCUAUCUAUCUAUAGUCUCGUCAUAUAUAUUAUCUAUUAUCUAUCUAUCAUCUAUCUAUAUAUAUAUUUCAUUAUGUUUAUCUAUCAUAUCAUGUAUCUAUCUAUCUAUCUAUCUAUCUAUCUAUCUAUCUAUCUAUCUAUCUAUCUCAUUGUGUUUGAUCAUAUCUAUCUAUCUAUCUAUAUAUAUAUUUCAUUAUGUUUGAUCAUAUAUCAUGUCAUAUCUAUCUAUCUAUCUAUCUAUCUAUCUAUCUAUCUAUCUAUCUAUCUAUCUAUCACACUCUGUUCUUAUCCAUAUUUGUAUCUAUCAGUCUGUUCCUAUCUAUCUAUCUAUCUAUCUAUCUAUCUAUCUAUCUAUCUAUCUAUCUAA